AGCGCGUCAGUUUCCUGUUUACUACUCGCUGCCGUUCCAUGUCUGCUACUCGGAUUGCAACAGUUUGAACGACCCGAGUUUUACUGUAGGAGCUCAACACUGCUUUGCUGGUGUGUUUUCCGCACCAGUGACCAUUCUGCCAUGGUAUACUAAUUUGAACAGCGUCGCAAUAUUUAGAUUUUAAUUGAAAAAUGAAGACGUGACAUUGAAGAACGUGACCAGGCCGGGAGUCCUCUGGGUUUCCUAAGUGGAGUGUCCGUUAUUGGGUCGGGUUGAAGUGUGGAUAUUCGGACUAAGAAAUUAUGAAACUGCUCAGUGGACGAGAAGCUCCGUGUUCAAGCAAAGCCGCUGUCUUCUGUUGUGAACGGACAAAUCUGACAGCUUGCUAGCUUUGCUUUUUCCGGACUGUUUACGUGUUGUUGUAACACGAGCCUGUGAAAGGCUUUAGCUCGUAAGCUAGGUUGUGUAGCUUCGUGGUCCCCCCCAUAUUAGUCCCUGUUACUGAGAUUGAGUAGUUAACUAGCUGACUCGGCUAGUUAACUUACCAGCCGGUACCCUGAACUCUCGACGUCUCCCCGGCUCCGGCCCCCUGAAGCGGGCGGUGAGGAAAAAGCUGGCCGGGAAGGGAUGGCCUGGAGGCGGCUCCCGGCCUCACGGAGCGGCGCUGUUUGAGGGAGGUCGAGUUCGCAUCGAGCACGAGGCGACGGGCCGCGGAGCGGUGAUGGCCACCGGCAGCUUGAGUGCUUCUGGGGCAACAGCGCGGAAGAGCGAGGACAUAGCAGAUCUUAUAGACCUGUUUUCCAAGAAUCAGUACAGAGCGAAGGAGGUAACCCCACAGGUGGAGAGAAUAGAGAAGCGAUGCCUGGAACUGUUUGGCCGUGACUACAAGUACUGUGUGAUCCAGAACAGCAAUGGGGAGGUGUGCGGCCACUACCCUCGCCACAUCGUCUUCUUGGAGUAUGAAUGCACCGAGCCCAAUAAAGAAAGUUUUGAGAGUACAGUGCAGAUCAACAAGUUGCAGGAUCUGGUGAACCGCAGUAAGAUGGCCCGUUGUAGAGGGAGAUUUGUCUGUCCAGUCAUACUCUACAAUGGCAAGCAUGUGUGCCGGUCAUCCACGCUGGCAGGCUGGGGGGAAUUAUAUGGACGCACUGGUUACAACUACAUCUUCUCAGGGGGCUCUGAUGACACAUGGGCAGAAUCAGAAGAAGUCCCAGAGGAUGAUUCUGCUGUCCGGAAUGGAGAUUCACAGCUGUUUGAUAAAGUGAGGGGUUCAGACAUUAAGUUGCUGAAGUAUCUGUCUGUGCGCUACAUCUGUGACCUUAUGGUGGAGAAUAAGAAGGUCAAGUUUGGCCUCAAUGUCACCUCCUCUGAGAAGGUAGACAAGGCCCAGCGGUAUGCAGACUUCACCUUGCUCUCUGUGCCUUACCCAGGGUGUGAGUUCUUUAAGGACUACAAAGACAGAGACUACACCGCUGAGGGACUGGUCUUCAACUGGAAUCAGGACUUUGUGGAUGCUCCUUUGACAAUCCCUGCAUGCUUUACGAAGAACCUGAAUAUUGACUGGAGUGAAUAUCAGUCAUGGGACCUGGUGCAACAGACACAGAAUUAUCUGAAGCUGCUUCUGCACAUCAUCAACAGUGAUGAUGAAAGUGGUUUGUUGGUGCACUGUAUAUCAGGGUGGGACAGAACUCCACUCUUUGUGUCACUCCUCAGACUCUCACUUUGGGCUGAUGGUGCUGUUCAUGCAAGCCUGGAGCCAGAUGAGAUACUGUAUCUGACCAUCGCCUAUGACUGGUUCCUCUUUGGUCACAUGCUGCCUGAUCGUCUCUCUAAAGGAGAGGAAAUUUUCUUUUUUUGCUUCAAUUUUUUGAAGCACAUUGUGUCUGAGAAUUUCUCAGGCAUUAAGAAACCGAGGAGGAAAAACUCUCAGUUCAAAGACACUGAUUUCACAGUGGAUGACCUCUGUCAGCUAAAGUCCAAGGACAGGGGUAGUAUGACCAGUUUGAGUAGCGAUUUCUCUUUAAUCACUGAGGAUACAGCUGCUCCCUCCAGUCUGUCUGCUGAGCCUGUGGAUAUGAUCUCUAGCGGAAGAAAAGCUAUGACCUCGUCUCCUCAGACAGUGCUUUGGAACCGCUCAGUCCCAUUUGAGGAGCGACUACCUCAUCCACUAACAGAGGGCAGGUCCUCAAGCUCAUCGUCCUCCAACCACUCAGAGCAGGGUUUUAUCCAUACAGGCAGCAGCCCAUUGGCUGUGCCGGGGAGAAGGUCCAUGGUGGAGUAUGCUCGUUCGGGGUCUUCUAUCUCUACAGAGUAUGGUAGCUGGCAGAUUGUCUCAGGCUGUGGGAGCAUCCAUGAUGCAGCUCCUCUCCCUUUGGAAUCCCCCCUUCCCUUCAGCUUCCAAGAUGAGGGGCCCAGCGGCCGCAUGUGUACAUUUGUAUCCGAGAGGCAGGCUCGGCUGGAGGCAGUAAGAGAGUUGUUCCUGGCAGCUUACAGCUCCACAGUGGGGCUGAAGUCCUCCUUUCCAAGUCCAUCUGGAGCAAUCUCUGGUCUGCUGGAGCAGUUUGCUCGUGGUGUUGGCCUCCGAGGCACCAACGCCAUUGUCUGAACUCAACUUCCCCUUAUGUUCUGUCCUCUUUUCCUCAGUUAUUUCCAACUCUCCAUCUUCUGUUUGGUAGCAAUGAAUCACCAAGAGAAUGGUUCCUACUUCUGCUGGUCUCCUUAGUCUGACAGUUUAUAUCAUUUUAAUCUCUGAGCCCUCCAUUUGAUGUGAUUCAUCAUCCAGUGAUCCAACAUUUCAGGUAGUCCAUAUUUAUAAUAAUCCCGCCAAAAUUUGUGUUCCAAAAUCCCGAUGCAUCACGUUGCUUCUGUGCGACAUUACACGUGAUUUCCAAAUAGAUCUGUAAAAACUCCAUCCAUCUGCUUCUUCUGUUCAUUUUUCAUUGCCCUGUUUCCCUUCACUAUGCACACCAUAUUCCAUCAGGACUUAAAAGUGCCAAUCUUAAACCUUGGGGCUACCUUUUAUUUCUUAGUUUGUUUUUAAUGGUUUUUACACACCGAAUUUGACUGUUGAGGCACCUCUAGUAAUUAUUUUUUUUCAUUUAUGUCCCUUUCCAGCUUUUAUGUAUAAUACCUUUAUAGUGAAUGGCAUGAUUUAAGAUCCUGAACACAACAAAGGGAAAAGACUUGUUUUAACUCUUCCUAUUGCUGUAGCUGUUUCUGCUACAAGAAUAUGUAGUAAUGAACAAAUUCUUAAAAUGUAAUUUCUAUGUGGACCUCAAAGGCUGUGCCUCUUUUGGGGCAUCAAAACUAUGAACAUAUUUUGUAAAUGGUCUUUGGAUUUAAUUGUUUAUGAUGCCUCUUUUUGUCUUAAGUUUCACUUAAACACUUGAAUACAUAAAGCAUUAUGAUCUGAAGUGUAAGUAACAAGUAAAAACUGCUGCAUGCAUGAAUCUGGAAAGAAGGAUGAACGUUUUCUUUCUGAAUAGGAGAUGACAUUUUUUUUUUUAUUUCAGAAAAACAGGAGGUUUUUGUGGUUGCUCUGCUUAGACAAAGGUUUUGUCAUUUAAUAAUUGUCAUUAACAGUGAGGUUUUCAGAUGUCUCUCAUUAAGCUAUUUUAACAGCACAGUUUGUCUCAUUUGUUAAUGUAAAAUGUUGCUGUUACUCCUGGCUAGUGUGUUCAUUUACACUUCAGCAAAAAAAAAGUAAGCAGGAGGCCCACUGCAUAGCCUCAUACAUUUUGGUGCAUCUAUCAGAAGAAGUUAUAACGUUGUAUUUAUGACAUUUAUGUAUUUGUCUCAUGCUCACUGGCUGUGAACUCAGAACUACUACUGGUUAGAAUCACAUAAUUUCCUGUUUGGCCCUACAAUCCAUUGAAUUUCCAAAAAUCUUUGCAGUAAUAUGAUUUCACGGCACGAAAAUAUUAACAAAUGUUUGCUUUCAUGUAAUCUGUUGUACUUUUUAGCUUCAUUCUGGCUGUACCUGGCAGUGAAGUGUAACCACCACACCUUACUUACAAUGUCAUCAGUGCCAGCUACUGAAGCCGUUUUGAUAAAUUUUGGUUAUGGCAAAUGUUGCUAUGAUGCUUGGUAGUGAUUGGUUACAUGUUGAAUAUGAAAUUAAGACAGCACUUGAAAUUUAGCAUUUUAACACUUAUGUUCUUAAUGCCAAAUGGUUUUGAUGGCCUUUUUUAAAAAAAUGUUUAAUUUUUUUUUUUUUUUUUUUUAACCUCAGGACCACCACAUGUUGUGCCUUUCUUUCUGUUAAUAGUGGGCUACAUUUUAGAUUAUUUCUACCUGGGAAUUGUGGUGUGUAUCUUUUUAAAUUUUAAACACUUUUUUUUUUUUUUUUUUUUUUUUUUUUACAUUUUUUAAAAAAUUAUUAUUAUUAGUUGUCAGUCUAGCAACAUUUGAAUACUUUUUGGGAAUGGCAUGUUGCAAACCUUGGCAAAGGUUUUGUUUUUAAAGGCUUGUAUUCCCCCCAAGUUUAUUUGGUUAAACUGUAACUAAAUGACACAACUUUGGAAUGAUCAAUGUAAGAGCUUUUGAGUGUCUACAGUUACUCUGAUCAAUCUGUUCUUACAUGGAUUCCACACUAACAUGUCUUGGGCUCAUAAAAAAUAGACAUCUGGCAUUGAAACUACUAUAGCAAAUUACUAUAGCAAUAGCAGUCAAGCACCUUGCAUGACCUUGCUUGUUUUUUUUUUUCUUUCAUUGCUUGUUUUCUUUCAAAUGAUCCAAAAUUUCCACAAUUCAUUUUCCACACGAAAACUCAAGUGGGUCGACUUUUUAAUUUGGAAACGUACCUUUUAACAAUAAUCUUUUCCUUAACCACAUUAUAAUGAAAAUUUCAUUUGCACUUAUUCUGUGCUGUUUAUCGAGAGUGGUGCACUCGUUGUCUUUGUACAGUGUGUGUUUUUUUUUUUUUUUUUUUUUUUUUUUUUUUAAAUUUUAUUUUAUUGGUUCCUUAAUAUCUCAUUACAGUGGCUGAGGAGAUAUGUGGGACAGAUGCUCUUCCAGUGAAAAUAAAAGAAGAAUUUAAAAGUAA